AUGUGCCUACGCGAAGCGAAGCGGAUGAAUGCCGGUACCGGACCUUCGAUGUUCCUCAAACAGUGGCGUUCACAGAGCAAAGUGAAUGUGUUUGUCUGCUCCAAUCAUCCGUGCGUGAUCUACUCGAUGAAAAACAAACUAGUGUUUGCCAAUUUGAACUUGAAGGAGGUGAAUUAUAUGACUCCCUUGAAUGGGGCGUUUUACAGUGAUUGUGAAUGCAGUACCACUCACAAUGUGGAACAGUAUGCAGACCCGACCUCCGUGUCUGCUCUGGAACGCAAAUUCCGGGAAAUUGAAGUCUCUUCCUUGCUCAUUUUCAACCAGUCCAAUAUGGAAUUGUUGUUCGCUCACAGUUUUUACUACAGUCAAACCCUAAUCGAGGUGGCUAUCAGUAUCACUUCGAUCAAGUUGGAGAAUAGUAACGGUUCUUCGGGAGUCCUUUAUGCGGUGGGCACUGCAUUUCUGGUGGAAGAAGAAUCUGAACCGUCCAAAGGUCGAAUUCACCUGUUCCAAUGGGAUCCGGAAAAGUGCAAAUUGGAAACAGUGCUGGUUCACGAUGUGAAUGGUGCCGUAUAUCGGCUUGUUCGUCUGUUUGACAUCAAAGAAGACUCGUUGCGAUUGGCCUGCAGUUUCAACGAGAACAUAAUGGUAUUGUAUUUGCGUCGCAAAGGUGACUUCGUUCUGGUUGGUGACUUGAUGCGGUCACUCACGUUACUGCUGUACAAACCAAAUGUAAACAACUUCGAGGCCAUCGGACGACACAGACAUCCUCGAUGGACUACUUGCAUUGAGAUUCUGGACGACGAGCAUUUUCUCGCGGCCGAAGUCGAAAACAAUUUGUUUGUGGUUUCGCGUGAUUCCCCGGAGAACACUCAAGAGCCCAGUGUUCGAGCUGUAUUGGCUCCGUCUGCCGGUGAUUUAUGUUUCCUCCCAUCGCCAGCCGCCCUACAACGGGAUGGAGUAGGUCCGGGGACACAGACUGCGGAUGGCGAUGAGAAUGCAGCAAAUGCGGUACCCAGCUCAACUUCACUUGGUGCUGAUCCCCCUGCCUCGGGUCCAUCAACAGGUGAUGGUAGGCGUCCUUCAAACUCCUCUUCCUCACGGAACGCCAAGGGCCCCAAGCUCGACGCGCGCUCGUCUGUCUCUGGUGAAAUGCAACGACUGGCUGAUUGUGCUUACAUCCACACCGGUGAUUUCAUCAACGUAUUCGCUCGAGGUAGUCUUGUAUUGCAAAAUAACGAGGAGCGCUGGUCAGCCAUCGGUAAUCCGGCCCACAUGUAUGGCUCCGUCAGUGGCAGUCUGGGAUUGUUGAUUCAAAUUAAUAUGGAAGAGUUCGGUGUCGCCGGCUCCUCCUGUGUAUCAGAUCCCGUAACCCGGGAAUGCACUGUGGCGGAUUUGGUCAAAGUCGUUGAAGAAAUGGCUCGACUACAUUAG